ACUUCCGUUAACGAGCAUGACCAGUUUGUUAGCAGAAAUAAAUAUCUCAUCAAAGUAUCAGCUGCUCAUUUGGAUUUAGAUGUACGAAAUCCUACCAAACAAACCUACCCCGAUUCCGAUGGAAAUUGGUGACAGCAAAACUCCUGGUCGUCAAAAACUUGAAUCUUGGUUGAAUAAGAACAUGAAAAUCAAAAUGACGGAUGAACGAAUUUUAGUUGGUGUGUUUGUUUGCACGGAUAAAGACAGGAAUGUAAUUCUCGGGAAUUGCCAGGAGUAUCUCAAAGAUGAAGAUUCUAAUGAAGAACCUCGGGUGCUCGGUCUCGCGAUGGUGCCUGGACAUCAUAUUGUUAGUAUUCUUGUGGAUGAAAACAAAGCUCCAUUAGCACACCACGAGGAUACAGACAUUUUAUGAUGAACAGUGGAACACCCUGUGAGGACAACUGACAACAUCAAAUGAAACUGCGCCAGCCUGUAAUGAGGAAACUGACAUUUUAUAAUGAACAAUGGAAAACAUUGUAAGGAAGAGAGACAACAAAUAUGUGACAAAACGAAGCUACACUGGGCUGUCAUGAGGAUACCCACCCCUGAGAAUCAAAAUCCUGAACUUGGGGCAUUUAGGUUCCGAGUCAUCUGGUCUCUCGCAAUAAUUGCUCUCCCAUGGCAUACCUAAAUAUGGUUGUAUUUAACAGAUGAGUACAUUUGGAUCUAGAGAUACUUUGCCUGCUACAUGUAUGGGCUGAUUUUUGAAAAAAUUUUGAAUUCAAAAACCAAUUUCAUGGACCAUUUAAUUCUGCUUGUUUUCUUUCAUACAUAUUUUUAAGAAGUUCUAUAUUGAAGGCAUUGUGGCUGGUCCUGAUUUUGUAAAUCAAGAAUUGGAGAGUAAGCUUACAACAUCUUUUGUAGAAUUGAAGAUUGUAUUGAAGAAGGAAGAUGUUCACAAGUGGUGCUUGACACAUGCGGGUAUCAAAGAUUUGUAAAAUCUGAAAAAAACAUCAGAUGUAACGAACAUAAGAACAAUAAUCCACCUUGACUGCAACUUUUGAAGCAUUUUCUUGACAAAAAAACAAAGAUUUUCCCCAGUGUAUAAAAUACACAGGGAACAUUCUAACACUUACAGUGAAAGUCAAACAAAAUACAGGUACAUAAUGAUAAUAAUAAUAAUGCUAUGUACAAAAGUUCAAAUUCAUUUGAGCAAUAACUAUAAGGCACGCUUAUAGUAGUUUAACAUGAGAUCAUUGCAUUACGUUGUACAUGUACACUCCAGCAUUUAGCGGUGAUCUUUAGGAGGGUCAUGUUGACAUCAAAGUCUGAUGAGCUGAGUUGCUUACCCAGCAAAGUUUCUGUUAGCUCUACAUCAUUCAUGUUCCAAAGACGGGCACUUAUGUCAGCUGGGAGGUCAUUUACAACUUGUUCCCAGAAAUCGUCUCUAUAGGCUGAAUAGCCUGAACACCCACAGAAGAAGUGCACCUGCGGAUCGGUAUAGCAUUGGUUACAACGGUUGCAUUGAGUCUCCACAAUUGUUUCUGACAGUAUGUUUAAUUUCGCAAGAAAGGCAUAGUCCUGUUUGUGUUUUGGAUCUUGCUGAAAAGCAAUCCAUAUCAGAGAGGUGGUGUUCAGAAAUAUUAGGACACUUUCAAAA